UGCCCGUACCUGGACACGGUGAACCUCGCGAACCUGGAUUUUGACUUUGAGAAGCGGUGCGCGGUGUCGCUGUCGCCCGUGCACGUGUACGCGUGCUUGGUCUGCGGCAAGUACUUCGCGGGACGAGGAAAGAAGACGCACGCGUACGCGCACGCGCUGGAGUGCGGACAUCACGUGUUCAUGCGCCUGGCCGACGGCGCGGCGUGGUGCCUGCCGGAUGGGUACGAGGUGGUGGACGAAGGGACGACGCUGUCGAGGAUUCGAGACGUGCUCGCGCCGACGUACGCGAAAAAGUACGUGGAGGAAGAGAUCGAGGGCGCGCGACCGAUGUGGCGGCGCGCGCUGGACGGCACGGAGUUUCUCGUCGGCGUCGUCGGAUUGAACGCGAUUUGGAGCAAACGCGACGACGGCGUGAGCGCGGUGCUGCAAUCGCUGAACAGAGUGGCGCCGCUGCGGCGCGCGCUGUUGCUCGACGACGCGAGGGAACGCGAGGACGUCUAUCGCGCCUUGGCGGACAUCACGAAGAAGAUUUGGAACGCGCGAAAUUUUAAAGGUCACUCGAGCCCGCACGAGUUCAUGCAAGCGGUUCGAAAUCGAUCGAAAGACGCGUUCGGCGCGGAGACGGGGAACCACGACGCCGCGCAGUUCUUGCGUUGGUUGCUCAACGAAUUGAUUCGCGACGAAAAGAAACGCGGCGAAAAGCGAUCCGUCAUUCAGUCGUGUUUCCAGGGAGAAGUGGAAAUCAUCGACGAUUCGUCCGCGUCGCGCGCGUCGCCGUUCCUCAUGCUCUCGAUGGACCUCCCGAACGCGCCGCUGUUUCAAGACGUCAUGGAGAAGAACAUCAUCCCGCAAGUCUCCCUCGAGCGCGCGCUGCUGAAGAAAUUCGACGGCGUCACCGCGGACCCCAAGACGCGGCGCAGGUUCAAGAUCACCAAGCUCCCAAACUACUUGAUCGUGAAUUAUUCGCGCUUCACCAAGAACAACUUCUUCGUCGAAAAGAACCCGACCAUCGUGACGUUUCCGACGCGGGGGCUGAACCUCGCCGAUCACAUCCCGGUGCCGAGAGGGGACGAAAAUUCGGCGACGUACGAUUUGAUCGCCAACAUCGUGCACGACGGCGCGCCCGACGACGGGUCGUAUCGCGCCAUGGUGUACCACGCGCCGGAUAAAAAUUGGUACGAGACGCAGGAUUUGCGCGUCGCCGAGGUGUUGCCGCAACAAGUCAACCUCACGGAGACGUACGUGCAGAUUUACGAGCGUCGAGACAAG